AUGACCACGACAUGGCGGCUCCAUGAAAACCUCCUAUUCAACCCGCAGGUGGCCCAAGACGUACAACAAGCCCUGACAAAUUACUUAGCCGAGAACUUACCACAGGACACAUCCUCCCUCUUGACAUGGGAGGCCUACAAGUGUGUGAUUAGAGGGAUCCUUAUCUCACACUCCUCUGCCCUGAAAAAGGCACGGGAACACACGAUCCAAAAACUAACCGCCAAGAUAGGGACCCUAACACAGGCCCACAAACAAACACUAGAUGACACACUUCUCUGGGAACUCACAGCAGCCCGCGAAGAACUAGCACGGGUCCUGCGGCAAUCGUACACUAUGGCCCUCCAGCGCACUAAAUCUUUUUUCUACAUGGAAGGAGACAAGUGCGGCCGGUUGCUGGCCAGAAUGAUCAAUAAAAAACGUUCCAUGACAUAUAUUGCAAGCAUGCGCAACGCCGCAGGCCAACUACAUCACAAGCCAGACCAAAUUACUACAGCUGUAACACGCUUCUACACGGACCUUUACGCGACCCCCCCCCCCACACCCCUCGAGCAGACCCAAAACUGGGAGCAACCCGCAUGA